AUGGAUGAGAACAGAAUCAAUUCUCCACCAACAUCAGGUGUUGUAGAAGGGCCAAUCCAGCUCUUUGCAAGCCCUUCUCGAGAAGAUGUCGGCUCCACUACUAGGCAAGUUGAAAGCGGACGGGGAUCAGGGGAAGAGGUAUCGUCCGUUGGCGUAUCUGUGCUCACAGCGGAAGGCGGACCAGAUAAUGGGGCAGGAACAACCACAUCCGCGGAAACAACCGUAGCGGCGAAUCUUGCUCGCAGCAACGCCCCUGAUAUCGAGAAUGUGCCAGGUGGUACCGCAGCCUCGAGACAGUCAUCUCCGCCUCCAACAGAAAGACUUCAGUCCACCAGUGUCAGCAAUAGAACAUGGAAGUCUUGGAAAAUUCGCCCGCCGUGCCUGUCGCUCCUCCUCUCCUUGAAUGCCGCCUUUGUUAUAACCAUACUCAGCCUUGACUCCAUCUCGAAAAGCAACCACGGCUUUGUUGGUUUGGGGGAUGCUCCGGGAUUCCUUGCGAGGGAUCCCAGCCUAGAGCAGGCUAUAUGGGCGCAGGGUAUCUUUUACACGGCCUUGCCGGCCUUCAUCAUGACCCUUUUCCAGACCUCUUGGCAUGCAGCGGUCGCAGCAUUUGCAAAACGGCAGCCUUACGUCGAUUUGAAGGCUGGUGGACCGGCCAGACAACGAUCCUGUUGGAUUUGGCAGCAAGUAUAUCGUCUUUCAAGUCACAAAUCAUCCACAUCGGCAUUGGUUCCCCACACAAUCAUCGAAUCUGCCCAGGCCAUGUUUACCACAAUGUAUUCAAUCUUUGCCAAUCAAUAUCUUCUGCAACCGACCGAUGCGCCGACCACGACCGUGGGGACAACAUUUGUCCAGCCGACUCGACUGAUUGUCGUAUCACCAAUUGCAUAUAUAAUUGUGAGCAUAUUACUUAUUGUUGCUCUUUUGAAUAUGGCAGUCUUUGUCUAUGAGAGACAGGAUUCGAUCCUGGAUGAAGAGCCCGUUGGACUUCUAGGUGCCGCUUCGAUUCUCCACGGAAGCAAAGACAUCGAGGCCGCCGUGCGCGAAACCAAGAAGGCUCCCACCUAUGAGAAUAGAGUUGUGCUGACUGCCUUGGAUGAUCCUUCUAAGCAGUUUAAUGGAUAUAUCUGGACGUAUAAGCAGGGGAAGUUGGUGCGAGACUUAGCUUCGAGCUCUCGAAAUCAGAAUCUCUCGAGCUCGUAUGUUAUGGAGAAUUUGCCCCAGGAAGAAGGACAACGUACCGGCAUGCGUCUCAGAGACAUAAAUGCACAACCUGGGAGUAAUAACACCCAAUUAGCUCGGGAUUAG